AUGGCUGCAGCUGGGUUGGCACGGCAUCUGUCUCGUGGGCCAUUUCCUACAACUCUCCUAUCUUGGCUGCUGUACAGAAGGGACAAGCUUGGCUGCUCUCGCUACUACCGGGCAGCAAUCUGCAGGAAGCUGAAGGUCCCCUUGGCUAUUGAGGAAGUUCCUACUCGCCCCAUCCAGCCUGAUGAGGUUAGAGUUGGUGUCCAUUUCUGUGGGGUUAACUUUGCAGACAUCUUGACCUGUCAGGGGAAGUAUCAAGAGAGUCCAUCCCUUCCCUUCACACCUGGAUUAGAGCUUGCUGGGCAUGUAUUGGAGAUCGGCACAAAUGUCAGCACAGUAAAAGAGGGAGAUCGUGUUAUUAGUGUGAAUAACUUUAGCGCAAUGGCUGAACAAUGCAUUGUUGAUCAGAAGAAACUGUGGAAGAUUCCAGAUGGGAUCUCCUACCAAGAAGCUGCUGCCCUUCCUGCAUCUUAUGGCACUGCCCUCCUGGCGCUAGAACAGCGGGCACAGACACAGCCUGGGGAAACCGUUUUGGUGACAGCGGCAGCCGGCGCCACAGGCCUUGCCUUGAUAGAUGUGGCAUCAAAUAUUCUCCAGGCCAAGGUGAUUGCAGCAGCUGGAAGCGAUGAGAAAUGCAAGCUGGCAUUGCAAAGGGGGGCAAAGGCUGCUGUGAAUUACAGUCAGGGCAACCUGAAGGAGGAACUGAAGAGGCUAACAGGCGGUCAGGGGGUCAAUGUGGUCAUUGAUGCUGUGGGAGGCGACGUUUGCCUGGAUGCCCUCCGCAGCCUGACUUGGGAGGGCAGGAUGGUGGUGAUAGGCUUCGCAGGAGGAACAAUUUUGUCUAUCCCAUCCAAUCUGCUCCUACUGAAGAACGUGUCCGCCAUGGGCGUGUACUGGACCCGGUACCAGAAAGAGAACUUCCCAGUCUUCUCAAGGUGCAUGUCCUCAGCUCUUCAGUACUGCCAGGAAGGAUCCAUCAGGCCAUACAUUGGAGGAGUCUUUAAGCUGGAGGAGAUCAAUGAUGCCUUUGAGCAGGUGACCCAGCGCAAAACUACAGGCAAGGUGAUUCUCUCUGUUAAAUGA